UGGAAUUGUUGAUAUUAAAAAAGGAAUACCAACAACACUAUACCUAUGUGAAAAAGAGUGAAACACAAAAUCAAAAAAUACCCACACAAUUAAAUAAAAACAAAUUCCAGCAAAAAAAAAAAGUGAAAAUCUCAAAAGAGAACUUAGAAACAAAUAAAAAAAUCCCCCAACAAUUUUAUCCAAAGAAUAAUCUAGAGCCAGUGCAUUUGUUGUCGUGUUCCCAAAUAAACCGCCAAAAUAGCUCCGAAAAAUUCUUUGCGUAAAAAUUCUCUGCGAAUGCAUUUAACUUCAUUAGCGACCAGUAGUCAACAGGUCGCUGCCACAGCCUACACAUCAUCGGCCGGCUCAUCACAAACGGCCGCCGUUGCCACAACACCGCUCUUGCUAAGCAGUGGUGGUGGUAGCAUCAUUGAAGCCUCGGGUGCUACCACCAAUAUUUCGCCAUCGUCGAACAACAGUGCCAACAUGGUGAUUUCUUCGGUGUCUCCGGGUUCGGCGACAACAACAUUGCUGCAGCAACAACACCAUCACCAACAUCACCAUCAUCACAGCCAGCAUCACCAUCCGCCGCACCUUCAUCAUCUUCAUACAACACAUUCGCAUAGUUCGGGCCAAGGUCAUACGCCCAGCCACCAUACACACUCGCACAAUCAGCACCAGAGCCAACUCAACCACCACCACCAUCACCACCCGCCUCAUAGCCACAGCGGCCAUACCACGACGCCAGCUUCUUUGGGCCACACCACAUCUCAUAGCCUUUGGAAUUCUGAAGGAACGGUAUCGAUGGCCUCGGACACAAUUGUUGCCAGCAGUUCGGCCAGUGUGGGCAGUAAUUCGCCAAAUGGAGCGGCCAGUAAUGGUACGGCAAAUAGUAAUAAUAGCAACAGUACGACAAAUAAUGCAACAGCAGCAACAACAAAUGGUGGUACUGCCAGUGCGAGUACAAAUGGGAAUAACAACAACAACAACAAUGGUGGAAGUAAUAGCAGUAGCAGCAACAACAAUAAUAAUGCACUGCAUCAGGAUUUGGCGUGGUUGGAGCGAUCGAUAUUGCAAGCCCAUCAACAGUUCCCCAAUGAAUUGGUACGCACCAGUAAUCCCUACUUCCUGUGCUCAGCCCUGCCCGCACAUUGGCGUUCAAAUAAAACCCUGCCGAUUGCAUUCAAAGUCGUGGCGCUGGUCGAUGUGGGAGAUGGCACAAAUGUUUAUAUCCGUGCUGGCAACGAUGAGAACUGCUGUGCCGAAUUACGAAAUGAUCGGGCAACAAUGAAAGAUCAAGUGGCCAAAUUUAAUGAUUUGCGUUUUGUGGGACGCAGUGGAAGGGGUAAAAGUUUCACCCUAACCAUUACCGUGGAUACAUUUCCCCGACAGGUGGCCACCUAUGCCAAGGCGAUCAAAGUUACCGUUGAUGGACCGCGUGAACCACGCUCCAAAACAAGUCCCGGACCCGGUCCCGGCCCCAAUCAUUUUCGUGCUUUUGGACUAUCGCAACGUUCCUACGGUGAUGCUGCUAGCUUUUCAAAUCAUUUUCGUGAAAUCCAUCGGGUAACGCGUUCAUCGGCGGCGGCUGCUGCAGCAGCAAGCGCUGCUGCCGUCUCGGUUACCAACAAUUCUUCGUCGGUCACACCUACAUCAGCCUCAAGCGGAGUCAGUUCGAUGCCCCAAUUGGUUGGCAGUGGCAAUCACUCACCGACGAACAGUACAAUUAAUUCCGAUUGUAGAGGCUACAUACCGAACGGUUCACAUUUACAAGAUAACAACAACCUGAUGGGUGCCGCCGAUUGGACCGGUUGCUCAACCACCGCCUCAGCUGCCUAUUCGUAUCAUCACAGUCAUCCGCUGCCCCCACCGCCUGCACCGCCCUCGGCAACAGCAGCGGCGGCUGCCACAAAUGGUGUCUAUCCCGGCUAUGAAACCCUCACCUCCGAUCCUGCCAACCUACAACUGCCCACAGUUAUAACGGAUAUGCAAACAUUUUGUGCACCCAGUGAUUAUCAUCCCACAGCCAUUGUACCGCACAUACAACCCACCAUGUGUAGUCCCACGUAUGCGGGGGGUCCAAAGAAUGAAUAUGAUUCAUAUAAUGCUGCCGCCGCUGCUGGCUAUUCGUCCUAUAGCAAUUGGUCGAAUGGCUAUAAUACCGGCUAUCAAUAUGGUAGCUGUGCCACCCAGCCGCAAUAUCCCACACAUGGACACACCCCCACCAUGGUACUGUAUCCCCAACUGUUCUCCACCUAUAAUCAAAAUGAAAUACAUCUACAUCUACAUGGCACGGAUAAAAUUGAACAUUAUCUGGGUGGAGAGAAUGCCCUGACCAUUAGUUCGUUGUCGGGAAAUCGUCCGAGCAUAGAGAUUGGCAUCGGCACCUCAGAUCAUGAAGAUCAAAUGCAAAAUCGUGGGGUGGAUCCUCAUCAGGCCUCUCAUGUUGUAGUGACGGAUGGUAGCGGCGGUGCAUUGGAUCAAACGGACCAAAGACAAACGGCGGCUGGCGGCCUGAAUGAGGCAGGAACUGAUGUUACUGCUGUGGUCAAUGGACCCGUCGUUGAACAACAUUCCCACGCAACGCGUGAGGGUGAGGAGGUGUGGCGGCCGUAUGAGGCUUCAUGGUCUCAGUGACAAAAUUGUAAGACUUAUGUACAUAUAGAGUUAAAUUAAGAAUUGUUUAGUUUUUUUAUUAUUAAUUUUUAAUAUAAAACUAUGGAAAUAAAUUAAAAAUAAGUGUAUAUAAUUUAUUUAGAAUUAAAAAAUAAUAAUUUAUGGGUAACAUUUCCAAGUAGAGAAUAAAUCGCCAAAGCCCUUGGCUUUAAUCCAAAAAAUCCUCAAAAAAAUCAGUGAUAUAAAAAUGAAUUUUUUUGGUGAUAUUGAAAUUUAUUAGAUUAAGAGCGCCACCUAACACCUCUAAUUUAGCAACGCUGCUCAAAAACGAAAACUCGCUCAUCAGCCAAAUUCUUUUAGUUUGAGAACAAUUCUCUAAGUUUUGCCAAAUUCUCUCAGUGUUAUAAUAUAAUUUAUAUAUUUUUUUGUAAUAAUUCGCUGGGCCAGUGAAAUUAGAUCCAGAACGAGAAUUUUAUACGAAGUAUACACUCCACUAUUAGAUUUUAUGUUUAUGUUCUCAGUUGUGGGAAAAAUUAGAAUGAGAGUCGAAAUGCUCGAAAGAGAGCAAGAAUUUACUCUGUGAGUGAAAUCGAGUAGAAAAAAUAUUUUAUUUGAGAACUUGUGCAUUCGUGUGUAUUUCGUAGCAAAAAGAUGUUAAUGCCACUGUGGAUAGGGGAGGGGUAUCGUGUACAAAAGCCAAGAAGAGAAAAUCAGUAGAAGCAAGGGGUAGUUGAAUAUGUUCAGUUGCUACAAAUACGACAAUACUCUUCAACGUGUUUGGUUUUUUUUAUACCCUACACCACAUAGUGGUAAGGGUAUUAUGCAUUUAUUUGUAACACGGAAAAGGAAGCGAGAUAGACCCAUAGUUACUUUUAAGGAUCUACAUAGAAUCACUUUCUGAGUCGGCUUAUGCCAGUCAGUGCGUCUGCCCGUCCGUUUCAUGUAUUAUUGUGAACAAAAUGCAGGUCGCAUUUAUUAUCCGAUUGAAAUUAAAUUUCCAAACAUAGCUCCCAUAUAUAUCCUUAAUCCGAUUUCAGGUUUGAUGUGCAAAUAAUAGCGUUUCCAUUUUGUGGAACUCAGCCCCGAUAUAUAUUUUUUAAUAUAAUCCUUCUCGAAGCGAUUUCCUACACUCUAUAGCAAUAUUAACUGGUAUCAAUUAUUAAAAUGUCUCCGUCAAAUUUAGUGAAAAUCGAUUCAGAAUUGUAUAUGCCUCCCAUACACAUAUUUUUAUGUUCAAACCCCGUUCGACUUGCAACUCCGGGUUGAGAAAAUUCACAUACCUACAACAAGGAUAUAGCUAUGAAGGAUAUGACAAAAAAACUAAAAAAGUACUCGAAAAGUAGAAUCUGCUUGAUUUCGAGCGAAUUUUACCCCCACUCAAAUUUUACUCCCAAGAGUGCUCCCGCUCGAAUUCAAAUGAGCCUCACACUCUACUCGAAAUUGUACGAGCAUUUCAGAGAUAUGAUUUGCGUCUAUUGUUCUGUUGUUUUUAGAAGCGUAGGACAGAGCGUCGCACUUUUAUGUCCUCCCAAUUUUGUUAAUCCCUGAAUAUAUAGUUUUUCAAUUGUUCUGAUUGUGUGUGUUUGGAGAGAGAAUCUCGCUUGCUGAGAGUACUCAUGUCUGCAUUUGAUGAUAUCUAUACUUCAAUUUCAAUAAUUCUUCAAAAGAAUAUUCUGAGGCUUUCAAUAAUUCAAUAAUUUAAUUGAUAAAAUAUAAAUACAAACCAUGGGAGGUUAACGGCGAUUUAGCAUCGUCCUAAUGAUCGUUGACCGUCCAGAGAAAAAGUUAUUCAGGGCGGUUGACACUUCUACGAUGACAUGUUGCCAGAAACGGCUGCGACUUCUUCCUGUAGCCAAGGAACUUUUUUCAACCGGACUUGGCUAAGCAGCCAUCAGGAGGUGACUGCCAUGAAUCUUAUUUCGGGUGACGAAAUUUCACCCUCACGUCUUUUCACAUAUCAUUCUAGUUUUCCAUUUUGUCGCUGGUGAUAUUUUGAUGUUUCCAGACUGCGACACUGUUCUUCAAAUUACAAUUUUCUAUUGUGGAUUUGUUCAGAAAUUUUAUACUCUCAGUCAUAUGGCUACAGAAGGUAUGUAUCAUUUGAUACUGUCAAAACGUGCCUCAUCGAAAUAUCGGUUUUAGACCUUAGGUUUCCGUUUGGAGUCCGCCUGUCUGUCUGGUGUGCACGAUAACUCUCAAAGGGAGUAUCCGCUUUGAUGCAAACUUGGUACAUCGUCAAGAUCAAGUUCGGAGAUGGACAACAUCGGUCCACUCCUUCUGAUACCUCCCCACAAAAUGUCAAAAUUUUCAAAGAAAAUAAUUUACUACACAGAAAGAGUAAAGAUAAAAUACAAAAUUAAUUUCCGAUACCAUUCGGAUUUGGCGCAUCAAAAUAUAUCCAUAAGCACAAGAUUUGUAAUAAAGAUUGUAGAGAUCGGACAAUUCCUUCUAAUACCUCCUCACAAGGGUCAAAUUUUUGAAUAAUUACAACGAUCAUAAAAUCCGAAAUAAGCAUUCAGUUCUCUUCAAAUUACACACAAUAAAAUAUUUUUAUUAACCCAAGGUCUACUGUGAAGAUGGAAU